ACGAACGGAUCUGAGUGCUGUUGAUUUGGAGAAUUAUGGAGGAAGCGAAGAGAUCAAGCGUUCGCAUAAUACGCGGCAAAGUAGCAAAGAACUGUAAAUGGCUGUGCUCCUUGACCCUGACCCGGCUGGUGAUUUUACGGCCGUUGGGUUCCGAUCUAACCUCGAUUAGCAUCGCCGUGAAGAUGCAGAGCUCGAAGAGGACCUUGCGCUCGAACGAGAUGGCUAUCCCGACCGGUGGCAUGCUGGACACCGAGCUCGAGCUCCAGUUCGCUCUUCAAUAUCCGCAUUUCCUCAAAAGGGAUGGCAACAAGCUGCUGAUACAGCUCCAGAGGAGAAAACGAUACAAAAAUCGCACGAUGCUCGGGUACAAGACUCUGGCCGAAGGAGUUAUCAAUAUGGCUCAGGUUCUCCAGAAGCAGAUGGACCUGGAGCUGGAGCUAGUCUCUGACAAGGCGGAGAAAUAUGGCGGGCACUCGGUGGCGUUGGCCCGCGUGAGCGUGGUCGCGCUCAGUUCCCAGCCGGUCGACCAGGACAAAAGACUGAUGAACGACCCGAACGAGAGGCUCUGCCCCGAGUACAGCGACGAGGAGGAAGAGUUCAGCUCGGAGGGCGAAGCUGAAGGCAGCGACAGCGAGCCGACUCUCGAGAUGCACAGGCGGAAGAGCCGGGCGAAGAUCCCGGCGAACGCCAGGCAAAGGAAUUUAAAGCAAAAGUUCAUAGCGUUGUUGAAGAGACGAUUCAGAGUGUCGGAGGAUCUGGAUCAAGAUCAAGAAGAGAUCGGGCAGAAGCUCUCUGACUCGUUAACUGGAUUUGUUAAAGGCGCAGAGAUGGAAAUCGAGGAACUGUUCGACGAGCUGGAAGACUUGUCAGACAGCGGUCCAGAAUUGGAUACGAUGUCUGUCAGUAGCACGCCCAAGCCAUCGCUGCGUCCUUUCUUCAGCUCUAGUCGUUCGCUUUUAGCGCCUCCUCAUUCCGUAGUAACCAACGAGGAGACCGGAAGCACUCCUGCGACGGCCAUAGGUCAGCAGAGCAUAGGUCAGCCAGCUAAAGAGAAACAUCGUAUCGGACACACCACUCCAGAACGCGGCGUGGAUAGGCAAAGCGACGACAGCUCGAGAAGAGCGGACAGCGAUUCGCACCCGGAGAAUUGGACGGAUCACGAGGCGAAUGAUCCACCGAAUUACGUGACCGGCUCGCCGCCGAAGUCGGAGCAGCACAACAAGACGGAGAGCAGCGACAAACGGAGCAGGCUCUUUACCCGCGACAGAGGCGUGCCUGGCACCAACAAGUCCAAAAAGCACAGCCUCAGCGUGGACCUGAAACCUCCCGUCGAUUUGAAUAGCUCCGAGCCGAGGAAAGCGUUGGUCGAGCAAUUAAGCCGCGUUCUACCGGAUGACAGUUUGCCGGACGCGGUGUCAUUGGUGUCGCUGGCUGAUCCUGGCGCGGCUGUGCUAGCCACGAGGCUUCAAGAGAGGAACCACAGAGUCCUAACGACCGCCUCUCCGGCGGAUAUUCGUGCCACGUUCACGUGCUUGGUCACGCGAAUACAAAAAUUUUGCAACAGCUCCGCCAAGCCGCCAGCGCCGAUCAAAGUGGUGAUCGCUGGCGGUGACAGUUUCGUGAAUGCGGUUCUCCGCCACUACGUGGAUCAGUUAAGUUUUCGACCGCAGAAUUAUCUCAAGUUCUUUGUCGUGCCUCUGGGUUCUAAUACGUUGUCGAAGUACCUCGGCUCGAUAGACGCUAGGUACUCGAUGCUAUUCGGCGACGAGUGGAAAGAACUGUUGGAAAGGGAGGGCGGUGGCGCGAGCGAGGGUGCGGCUAGAGUCUCGGAGUAUUUGGCGUCGGCUGGUACAACCUUGCUACUGCCGAUUGCGGAAGCCAUGGUUACGUACAGAGAAACGGACGAUAGUAGCCAAAUAUUCAUCCCAUUCAUCAACGACGUCCGCGUGGGCUGUCCAGACAGCAGUUCCUCCGCAUCGGUCGAUCUAGAUGAGAGCAACGUGACCAUGUCUGGCUCUCCACCUUCCUUGCCACCUCCUGGUUUACCUAUUCCACUUCCUGGCAGAUUAACACCACCGAGUAGCCCGAACGUUGGCCAACCAACGAGAGAAGGCUGGGAGCCAGUCGAGUUGCAGCUCGAUUACUGGAGCAAACAGACACAGGGUGAAAAGGGGAAGAAUACAUUGAGACAGGCGUUCAGAGCGUUACACGUUCAGCGACUUCCUCCUCUGGGUGAAACUCCCGGUCACUAUCUGUCCAUGAACUACACCACAAAGGAGAAGAAACAAAAAAUAAUGAGACUGGGUAAGAAGAAAGAGAAAGAGAAGGAGAACGAGCCAAAGAGUCAGACGGUCGAAGGCGUGACGCGACUCAUAUGUUCGGCGAAGACUCACAACAUUCCAUUAAGAGUGAGCAUCGAUGGUACUGAGUGGUACGGCGUGAAAUUCUUCCAACUGUCGGCGCAGUGGCAGACGCACAUCAAGACGUUCCCGAUAGCCAUGUUGGAGUACAGUCCGCAGCAGCAAGCCCCCAAUACCACGUAAAAACGCUUCCCUCGUUUCCGUCAGUGGCCAGACACUUUGCCAGAUUUCAUUUGUGUUCAUGGAUAUUGCCAAUUAGGAUCGACAGCUUAGCUUUACCGCGCAAAGAAAAAAGAAAAAAAAAAGGAAAAAAAAAAGAAAAACCCCCGAUAACCAUCAAAUCCUCGAGACCGAAAAGAGAAUGAAUAAAAGGAAAACGUAGUACGCGAUAGAGUGCGAGUUCGUGCAGUGGAUAGUCGGUUGCUUGAAACCGGAAGUCGUUGGAGCUGACACAGGCAAGUAUCUGAAUGCUGCCUUUCCUUUUGACUACCAUCUACCAUCUUGUUACUCCUUGUCGUCCAAUUAGUCGGUUACGUUUCCAACGAGACGGAAUUUCACUUGCGAAAUUGUAAUUUUUCGGAGAAAUGUUCCGCGACACACCGAGAUCAGUGUAGAAAUUUCGUAGAAAUUCGCAAGUUAGCGACGGUUAAUUCUGGAACUGUACUUCAACCGUACUUCAAAACGUACUGAACAGUGGUAGACGUGGUUAACACACAUAUCGUAUUGCAAUUAACAUAGAUAAGAGUGACGACGAUGGUGAUGGAUCUCUGGUUGGUUAUGCGAAUGCCAUGUACUUGUCUGAACAUACCAGCGAUAUCACGACUUUUCCGUAGAGGUGGAAAAUUCAGAGGAAAAACCACAUUCGCUUUCUCUUCCAUCCCUCUCCACUCCCCACUUGACGCGUGCAUAUACAUAUAGGACUUUUUUAAAAGGACGAGCAUAGGAGAAAAAGAAAAAAAAAGAAAAAAAAUCGAUCGCCUGCAAGUCGAACUGUGGACGUAUUCGCUAUGAUAGAUUCUUCGCGUAAAAUCGCGUAAUUUGCCGAGCAGAGGUUAGCGUUAAAUUAUGUAUUUAUUUAAUUAACGUGUAUUCUAUAUAAUAUACGUGUACAUACAUAUACGUACGAUAUAUAUCGCAUAUAGCAAUGAAAGCAUAGAGCGACAUUAUCGAAAGAAGUCUGUGAUACAGGCGAACAUUUCUUUUUAGCGCACAAACCUGUUGUUCGGAGUGUGACGAGCCGUGUACAGUUUCGCGAGUCCGAGCGAGAGAUCUCGGGGAAAGGAGGAGGAGAUUCUUCUCCGAGGAGAGAGAGAGAUCAAUGAAAAGGAAACGAGAGGAAAGAAAGAAGGACAAGACGAUGACGAUUAUUAGGAAUAGCUCAUUAGUUAUUAUACUCCUCUUCUCGUUUAAGAUUUCGACAUAUUUUUUGUAUUCCAUUUUAUAGACUUUUUAGCCUCAGGCUGCUGUAGCUUAAAUACUCUCUAUUUUCAGAUUUUUAUUAUUUAAUACUUUGAUUCCUUGUUAGAGACGUUUCUGACCCUUGACUUCGAUGUAAUUAUAGAGUAUACUCAUUCGCGUAUUAUUGUUUAGCUGUUAGAGAAAGAGAGAAAGAGAGAGAGAGAGAGUGAGAGAGUGAGAGAAAAAAUAAUAGAAAUUAUUCGUCGAAAGAUAUUAACAAAACAGAAAAAAUGAUAUCGAAUGACUAUGUUCUCCUCUAUAGUAUUGAUAUAUACUAUAUCAAAGUACGAAAUAAGCACGAUCGAAGAAGAAGAGAUCGUGAUGAAAAGACAGAACGGAGACUUUCCACUUUGCUACUUUUGUUAUUUAAUUUCCCUUGUUCGCUGUUCAAAUUCAACGACCUACCGCGCGUCGAUCGUUAGUUCGUAACGCACCUCUUGUCCCUUAGAAAACGAAGAAGACGAAAAAAAAAGGUAUCAUAUCACGCGAGGCGAUGUAGGAACUAAUGUCGUUUAAUAUUGCUCUAGAAACAGAAAAAAAGAAGAAAAAAAAAAAGAAAAAAAAAGAAGGAAGAGCGAGCGCGAGUGAAAUACACAAUAAUACCUAUAAAUACAUAUAAUACAUACGUAUUAAUAAUUUGAGAACACGAGAAGAAGCGAGUACAAACCGAUAGGUAUGUACAGCAGCAACGUACUUUUCGACUUCUUCCUUUUUUGAAAUCUAGAAAAAAAACACACACACACAUACACAAGGAACGACAGAACAGUUUGCUGUUCACUGUUUCCAGCGACUUGUCCGUCGCGUUGACUGCCUAAUGCCAAAUUGAGAAAGAGAGAGCUACAAGCAGAAAUAAAGAAAAUAACAGAAAAAGAAAGAAAGAGAAAAUGGAAUCGUUUAGUACGAUCAUUUGUCCAGACAAAUUUUCCAGGGGAAAGAGAAUUUAGAUCGCAAGCAGAUCUUGCAUAGAUACGCGUGUGACAGAAUGAGCAAAGAAAAAAUGAUAAUAACGCCCUCUGGAAUGGGCGAUUUUUACAUACGUUUGCCAAUAUAAGAAUUACAGACAAACAAAUCUUCUCUAUCCAUGCCACGUACACGUACGUAUUUAUCACACGAACGUCCGUACACACCAUGCAACAGUACGUGUUCUCUCUGUUCACCCUUUCCCUCCCUCCACCCUGUUCUUUGCUAGUCUGCAAUUAGUUUGUAACGAGUUGUAUCGAACUGUGCAAAUCGUAGUCCUACAUUUUACAUCUUUAAACGGCUGAGAGCAAUAGCCCGUUUUGUGCGAGAUAGUUGACUUAGAAGAGAAAGAAG